AGAUGGGAGAUGGCAUGGCUUACCAUAAAGAAGCAGGGACGCCCGAGCACAGGGUCGAGGACCCAGGCACCCGGAGGUCAUGAAGCUGGGAUUCAUCUGUGCUCUGCUUUCUGUGCUAGCAGGGCACGGCUGGGCAGACACACGAGCCGUCGGGGCCCAGGAAUGCCGCCCCAACUCGCAGCCCUGGCAGGCAGGCCUCUUCUUCCUCACCCGCCUCUUCUGUGGGGCGUCCCUCAUCAGUGACCGCUGGCUGCUCACAGCCGCCCACUGCCGGAAGCCAUAUCUGUGGGUCCGCCUCGGGGAGCAUCAUCUCUGGAAAUGGGAAGGUCCAGAGCAGCUGUUCCGGGUCACUGACUUCUUCCCGCACCCUGGAUUCAAUGAGGACCUCAGUGCCAAUGACCACAACGAUGACAUCAUGCUGAUCCGUCUGCCCAGGCAGGCACAACUGGGACCUGCUGUGCAACCCCUCAACCUCAGCCACACCUGUGUCUCUCCAGGCACCCAGUGUCUCAUCUCAGGCUGGGGGGCCGUGUCCAGCCCCAAGGUGCAGUACCCACUCACGUUGCAGUGUGCCAACAUCAGCAUCCUGGAGCGCAAACUCUGCCAUCGGGCAUAUCCAGGCCACAUCUCGGACAGCAUGCUCUGUGCCGGCCUCUGGGAGGGGGGCCGGGGCUCCUGCCAGGGUGACUCUGGGGGGCCCCUGGUUUGCGACGGAACCCUGGCGGGUGUGGUAUCUGGGGGUGCCGAACCCUGCUCCAGACCCCGGCGCCCGGCCGUCUAUACCAGCGUAUGCCACUACGUGGACUGGAUCCGAAAGACCAUGGAGGACAACUGAGCCCUCGCUCUUUGCACUGACCGAGAGAGGAGGGUGGGCGCAGAGCCGGGAGGAACUGCAGGGCUCCAGCCUCAGUGGUCUCCGCUCUUGGCCUCAGUCGCCCUGGAGACGCCUUGCGGCCAUUCGGGCUCGGCCCCCUCGGAAUGGAGCAGGGAGACAGCUCCGCCCCUCGUGGCCCGGCGUCUAAGGUCACCAAGAACAGGCACCACCCGGGUGGAACAGCAUCCCCUUGCGGCUCAGCCCAGGAGUGAAAUCCACCAGAUAGCUCCGCCCCUCAGAACUCCGUCCAAUGAGACUUCCGCUCUGGACUCCACCCCUCUGUGGCCCCGCCCCUUCCACCCGAGACCCCCCCCCGUGUGACGUCAGGGGGCGGUACCUUCCACCCACGUGCAGCUCCCGCGGUGUCGGGCUCCGCCCCUCGUGGCCCCGCCCCAGGCGUGUCCUGGGUUUGAAUUGUGGCGGGGACCCGACGGGGAGAAGGGUCUCGACCCCUUCAGAUCCAAUGGAUGAUUUUACAAUAAACGCGCGGAGCCGCUCCUUUUGUCUCGUCGUGGAAUGAGGGAAGGGCAACCGGUGGGCGGCGGAGGGCAGAGAGGGAACGGCCACCGCGCUGCAAUUCCCCUUGAGCUCUUCGUAGGUCCCGCCUGAAGUCUGUCUCCAUCAGCCCUAUUGCAUCAAGCCUCCUGGGAUCUGCUCGGGCUGGUCCCGUCGCCCCCAGGGAAAGGGGCAAUCAGGUCACGGUGCCUCCCAAACCUGCCUUCCCAGAUCGCACAUCUCUCAGGGGGCAGCGGGCGGGGCCCGAUCCGCCCUCAGAUGUCGGACUCGCCUUUCUUCCCUUCCAGGUUCCUGGCAGCAGCCCCCUCCUCCCACAAAAACCCAGGCUCCAAAUCCCUCCUUCCAAAAAGACUUAAGAAUUCAGCUGCCAGCCCCUCCUCCCUCAAGACCCAAGUUCAGGCCUCCAACAUCCCCCUCCCCCAGACACAGGAGUCACCGCCCCCGAGGCGCUCCUCCU